CAACAGGAAGCGACAACCCAAAAAAGAGUGCAGGCUGGAAGAAAAAAAACAGUGAAGGCCGAAAUCACAAUCUGUUGAUUGCCUUGUGCACAUCAGAGCCACUACCGGAGCUGUAAACCUCCGCCUGGACCCGACCUGUCGCUCCUGACCCGCUUCUGGAGGAGUUAUACGUGGCAGAUAUAGUGAGCAUGUCCUCCUCAUAAAGCUAAAGUAAAGCUUACCUGCCGCAGAAAAUACACAAACGUGUCUGUUUGAUCUUGGCCAUGGCCCACGGCACCAGCAUCCAGUAUGAGCCAUUGGCAGAGAUCGGAGGAGGCGCUUACGGGACGGUUUAUAAGGCCCGCGAUACAGAGAGCGGGCAGUUUGUGGCUCUGAAGAGCGUGCGCGUCCAGACAGACCAAAAUGGCCUCCCAGUCUCCACAGUCAGAGAGGUGGCUCUGUUGAAAAGGCUGGAGCAGUUCGACCACCCUAAUGUGGUCAGGCUUAUGGAUGUAUGUGCCACCCAGAGGUCGGACCAGGAGACUAAAGUCACUCUGGUGUUUGAACAUGUGGACCAAGACCUCAAGACGUACCUAGAGAGAGCUCCAGCUGCAGGAUUAUCCCCUGACCGCAUUAAAGACCUGAUGAGGCAGUUGCUGUGCGGUCUUGCAUUCCUUCACUCUCACCGCGUGAUGCACCGAGACCUGAAACCAGAGAAUAUUCUGGUAACCAGCCAGGGCCAGGUGAAGCUGGCUGACUUCGGACUGGCCAGGAUCUACAGCUGCCACAUGGCCCUCACUCCUGUGGUGGUGACACUGUGGUACCGACCCCCCGAGGUUCUGCUGCAGUCCAGUUACGCCACACCCGUGGACAUCUGGAGCACCGGCUGCAUCUUUGCUGAGAUGUUCAGACGCAAGUACAAGGCAGGAUUAGCUGGGAGACUUCUAAAUGAAGGCACACAUAAAAUGCUGACCUUCGACCCACUGAAACGAAUAUCUGCCCUGAAUGCCCUAGAACACCCAUAUUUCCAGGACGAGGAGACAUUGACUUGAAAUGAUGCAGUGAAACGUGCAGCAAGAGGUCACAGCGUCUACGUUUUAGACCCGGCCCAACCAUAAAGGAUUUCAAUUUCAUUCAGUGCAUUGCCUUUCAAGACGUCAUGGUUAUGCUUUGGGAUAUUAUUUUUGUUACUCCUACAUCGAAAAAGGAUUAAAGCCUGAGAAAUGGAAUUAAAAAAAGAAGAGGAGUGAACUUGAAGAUCGCUGGCAUGCUUUCCAACGUCACAAUUAAUUACCAUGUGGUGUCUUCAAGGACAGUACCAGUGUUUUUUGAGGUUUGAUCAGUCUCGUCCACGCAGACACGUCUGUCAUCUCCUCUGAAAUGUUGCUUGUGUUACUUUUGUACAGUGUUUCGACAGAAGAAAGCAGAGAUGUCGUCUUUUCUCGUUAAAGGCUGAACAUAUUCUGAAAGAAGUGACGCGUGAGGGUUAGAACAGCCAGUCGUUAGUGAUUUUACUGUAUUUGUGUUCAUUAUUAUCAUGCUUAAGGAACAAUUACACCAUAGGUUUUAUGAAAAUUAUGAGAAAAUGAAAGAAUAGUCGGAAGUAGCAGAAGGAAAAUGAAUAAGAAAGACACAUGACAAAAAUACUGGUAUUGCCCUUAAAUACUUAUUGGAGGACUGAAGAGGUGUACUUCAUUUCAUGUCUAACAUUUUUUGUCUGUUUGCUAAAACCAUCUGAAAUCAACCAGCACUGCAACUACAAAUGAAUAAAAAACUGUUUUAAUCACA